UCUCUGAAGUCACCUGACUCCAGUCCUCAGUUCCCCAAGUUACCGGAGCGGCUGGUGCAGGAAGGCUUGGUUUUGUGCUCGGUGCUGACAUCAUGGCCUACCCCGGGCUGCUCGUACCCAUUAUCGUCAUGACCGUGUUCUGGGGCUUCAUCGGAGCCGUGCUGCCCUGGUUUAUACCCAAAGGACCCAACCGAGGGGUUAUUAACACAAUGCUGGUGACGUGUGCAGUCUGCUGCUAUCUAUUUUGGCUGAUUGCCAUAUUGUCACAGGUGAAUCCACUUUUUGGCCCUCAGCUAUCUCCUGAAAUCAUCUAUUACCUGAAAUACCACUGGCCUUAAACUAUCUCCAUAUUGAUCACCACCCUGCUGUGUGAUUUCCAGGUGCACAAGAAAACAAAUCCUUGCCUUAAUCACUUUGUUCCUGUAUCAAAGAAAUCCCAAAUUGCCUUAAUAUUUGUAUUAUGUGAAUUAUUUCAGCUAUCGCAUUCCUUCUACAGGAGCAAAAUGUCUGCUCACAUUGGAAGCUCUUAUUUAUCUUAACGCUGUACUGGCCAGGAGUUCUCUUUUAUUAGGCUUUUUUUAUGACAUGCCAAUAGGCAGAAUGCACAAACCAUUUUGUAUCUGUCAAAGUUUAUUCCUGGACACACACAAUGCACCAUCAGGGCAUGGAUUUGAGUUUUCCUUGCUUGUUUUAUUUUCUUUGUUUCAAAUAAGUUCAAACAGAAAGUCUGUAUUGAUAUCCUGUUAUUUUAAAUAGGUGUUUCAGGAUAAAACGCAUAAAGAGGAAUCAACCGUUUUUAAACAUUGCUGGAUGCUGUAGUUAUGACACAUUGAGCUCUAUCUGUUUCUUAGCCCUUCCUAUUUAUUUUAAAGUUUGGGGGAAAAAAAUAUUUUCUCCCUUCAUUCUUUACCCUACUUUUUUGGGGGGGAAACUACACAUUCCAUUCAACUGCCUUCUCUCCAUUUCCCCUUUCUAUUUUCUGUGUGUGCCUCUUUAAUCCAAUUCAAAGAAUGUUUGUUUUAUUUUUGCGAGAAUAAAAGGCAGUCAUGUAUAAUAUUA